AUUAUACUUUAAUUCGAACGAACUGGAGAUGCAACAAUUUAGUCCUUGUGGUGCUGGAUAAUGUAAUUGACAGUAAUUGGAAAAAGUAGAAGUGAGUGCUAUUAGGAGUAAUAUCUUCUCGUCACGCGCUUUGACAGAAACAGGCGGAGCGGAGUGCUGAAACGGACAGGCGGCGGGCUGGGGACUUGGGGGCAGAAUCAACAAUGUAGUUUUAGAACUGAAUGCCGUGAUGAGAGCUACGAAAGUUGAACCAUUAUUGUACCCUUGGACUAUACAUCACAUUUAUGAACACAAUAGUAGAAGUAGAUGUUCAUAAGAAAUGCCACAAAGCUAGGGUUUUGAAAAAGCUUUACCGCGUGGGUUGUCAACUGUCACCGGUUGAGGAUUGAGCUCACUUUCGCACAGUAUGUUCCGUUUUUAUUUGGCCAAUGAAAGCAAUGAUGCGUUGCAAAGCCCAACUGCAAUGGCGAGUCCCAUCUGCGAAAGCAGUGGAUCGAUGUGCCUAAAUAGCGUAUAGGAUCUCCGCCGUCCUUACGGAGUGAUAUCGGUCAGGAUAUAAAAGCGACCGCUGCAAAAUCGCCAUCAAAACGCAUGCUGAUCGCUGGCCCUGGCAUAGUCAACAUAAGGCAUUCGACACAUGGGUGAAUGUAUAUAUAAUUACGAGGUUGUCUUGCUCUGACGCAUGCGGUGAUUAGGGGAAGAGUUUGUAACGGUCAGUAGGUCUUUUAUAUUAAAAUCAAGAUAAACAAUUUGAUACCGUACAUGUGGUGCGUACCAGUACGCACGUGUUUAAAUUGGCGCGUGAUGAUUAGCUAAAGCCUGAAACGUUAGUAGAUAGCGCAAAGUUCUAGCUGGCCAAUCAGCAUCGGCAAACAUUAAAAUGCACUCAGACUCCCGUUCGAAGAUUUUGCGCGGUACAUGUGUUGUGGCCUGUCCCUUUUUAGGCUCAGCUAACGCACCAAACCGAGACGGAGAUCUGGACGUAGUCAAGCGAACUCCUAUUGAUAUGCAGAAGCCCUCUUCCAUUGAUGUAAGUUGCUACUUUAUCUCUAUAAGCAAAGCCUCGUUGGGCUGCUGCAUCGACAGCCUAUUCGCUGGGUGACGUACGCCGAUCCGAUCGCGUUAGACUUUACUUUUGCUUUUCGAACAAUUCAAUCAAAGCAGGCGCUUUUUUUGACAGUAAUCAAAGCUUGAUAGUGGCGAGACUUGUUGGCUGCUGGCAACAGCUGAGGAGGCAUCGCCAUAUGCUGUAUUAUUUGCAAAACCCGCGUUUUAAGUGAUCGUGCCGACAGGCUGACUCGAACAAAACGAGCCCAUCUGUUACUUGAAAUUCUGUAUGUCUAGAUGACAGCGGCACUUGAAGGACAUAAAACUAUCAGAUCCCGAUGAUCACGGCGGGCAUCGCAAAGGCCGUGAAUGCUAGCUACAUCUCCUUCUCGCCUGUAAUUGCAUAACACGGCUGCGAGAACAAACGAAUUGAUUGCUCACUCACGUCUAUAUUUAUGGAGGCAUGAAGGAUGUCAUUUGCGUAUCAGCCAAUUAAUUUGGAUUAGCAAUGUGAUGUAGUACACGUCAAAAUGUGGUGUAUCGCACCUUCACUAUUAUGUACCUCACAUCAAAUCAAUUCUUUUUCUCGAUGACUUAAGCCAAUCAAAAACUCGGCACACAAUAGCGAAAGCUGAAGAGCUCGUCAACGCGCCACGCAACUCAUCUUCUCUGGAAGCGUCGCCUAUCUCUACUUCGGGCAACCCACACAACUCUCGAAGACAUUUGAAAUUUUCUGUAUUCCCCAACACCAUGGACCCAUCUGAAGUGACGGUGCUGGUCGUAGAGGACGAUGAGUUUACACGCAUGGCCACUCUCGACAUCCUCAAGUCGUGUCGCUACACCGUCUUCGCUGUGGAAAAUGGCCAACAGGCUCUGGAUCUACUUGUGACGAGCCAUGCUAAAUUUGAUCUUGUAUUGUGUGACGUCAUGCUUCCUGUCAUGACAGGAAUUGAGCUGUUGGACGAGAUCCAGAAGCACAGCGCCACGAUGGGCCACAUUCCCAUCGUCAUGACCUCAAGUAAUGAGGAAAUGGAUGUCGUCACAUCUUGUCUUAGUAAAGGUGCUAAGGAUUAUUUGAUCAAACCGAUCCAGGUAAAUACCGCAAAGACCCUUGUGCGUCAUGUGUGGCUAAGUCGCCGGCUUGAACGUACCUCGAACAAAAGUAUGUGGCAGGACAUUGAGGUAGUUCGAACUAUUGGAAAGGGCACGCAUGGUACAGUGGUGCUGGCACGUCGUAAGCUGGAUGGAGCCGUCGUGGCUGUUAAGCGUGUUCGAAUCUCGCAAAUUUCUGAGAAUGGCCGCAAGCAGGCGGACAAUGAGGUGAUUCUCCUUAAGUCUUUGUACCAUGUCAACAUCGUGCGUUUUUACGACCACUUUUUAGCCGACGAUGAGCUCAACAUUGUUAU